GUGAGGUGGCGGCAGGCGGCGCAGCCUAGCGGAGCGGGCGAGCCGGGGGAGCGAGCUGGCGAUCGGAGCCGGGCGGCUGGAGCGCCGGACUGCUGCGGGCGUCGGACAGAAGAAGUGAUGUAGCCCAUUCACUGCCCAGACUUCCCGGUCAGGCUGAGGAGGAGGUCGGGAAGACCAUGGCGUGGCCACGUGCUUUUCAGAGAGGGGCUCUGCUCACCCGGUUCAGCCAUCACCAUGUCCUCGUGUUCUUGCUCACCUUUUUCAGUUACUCGUUGCUUCAUGCUUCCAGAAAAACAUUCAGCAAUGUCAAAGUCAGUAUCUCUAAGCAGUGGACCCCAAAUGCUCAUAACACAACAGCGGAACUCCCUGAAGAGAUUUGGAGCAGCAACCACUUGUUUCCCAAUACUGAGGAAGCCACUCUUUUCCUUGGAACCCUGGAUACUGUUUUCCUCUUUUCCUAUGCUGUGGGCCUCUUCGUCAGUGGCAUCAUUGGGGAUCGGCUGAAUUUACGAUGGGUUCUAUCUUUUGGCAUGUGCUCUUCUGCAUUAGUGGUGUUUGCCUUUGGCACGCUCACAGAAUGGCUACACUUCUACAACACCUGGCUCUACUGCAGCCUGUGGAUCGUCAACGGCCUCCUGCAGUCCACCGGCUGGCCCUGUGUGGUGGCCGUGAUGGGCAACUGGUUUGGGAAAGCUGGGCGAGGGGUUGUCUUUGGUCUCUGGAGUGCGUGUGCUUCAGUGGGCAAUAUUUUGGGCGCUUUCCUAGCUUCAUCUGUUCUGCAAUACGGUUACGAGUAUGCCUUUCUGGUGACCGCAUCGGUGCAGUUUGCUGGCGGGAUCGUCAUCUUCUUUGGGCUGCUAGUAUCACCAGAGGAAAUCGGUCUCCCAGGUAUUGAGGCGGAAGAAAACUUAGAAGAUUCACACCGGCCGCUCAUUAAUGGUGCUGAAAACGAAGAUGAAUAUGACCCUAACUAUUCAAUCCAGGAGAACAGUGCUGCUCCCCCAGUGAAGGCAAUCAGCUUCUGCCAGGCCUGCUGCCUUCCUGGCGUCAUACCGUACUCGCUCGCCUACGCCUGCCUGAAGCUGGUGAACUACUCCUUCUUCUUCUGGUUGCCCUUUUACCUGAGUAACAAUUUCGGCUGGAAGGAGGCUGAAGCCGACCAGCUGUCUAUUUGGUACGAUGUCGGAGGAAUCAUAGGUGGGACUCUACAAGGCUUCAUCUCUGAUGUACUACAGAGGAGGGCGCCCGUGCUGGCCCUCAGCCUGCUCCUGGCAAUCGGGUCCCUUGUCGGGUACAGUCGCUCUCCAAACAACAAGUCCAUCAAUGCGCUUCUGAUGACCGUUACAGGGUUUUUCAUUGGUGGACCCUCUAAUAUGAUUAGUUCGGCAAUUUCGGCAGACCUGGGUCGGCAAGAGCUGAUCCAGGGGAGCAGUGAGGCGCUGGCAACCGUCACAGGAAUUGUGGAUGGAACUGGGAGCAUUGGUGCUGCUGUGGGCCAGUAUUUGGUGUCUUUGAUCCAAGACAACUUAGGAUGGAUGUGGGUUUUCUACUUUUUCAUUCUCAUGACAAGUUGUACAAUUCUGUUUAUCUCACCGUUAAUAGUGAGGGAAAUAGUCUCUCUCAUGCACAGCAGACGAGCUCACAUAUUGAGUGAAUAAAUCCUCAGGAAAGAAUAGGGGAUCCUUGAGGACAGCUGGUUUUUCAGUUCCCCGUUUAGGGGUCGUCUCAGAGCACCCACGUAACCUCGGCUUCUCAGGCCCCGUCCACACUGCCAGCCGCCCGAGACACUGGCCAGUAGGAAGUGAGUGCUGGUUUUCUACACUACAGGAACUAUAGAUUUUUAUGAUCAUUUCAUGAAUGUACUGAAAGGGGAAUGAGCCUGUUGAGGUUUACCCCUUUAGCCUUCAAUGUAAGUAUUGUCCUCGCAGCCUUGUUCUCCAGCCUUAAGGCUGCGUGGGCAGGAGACAGAAUCACGCAAGUGUGUGUGGCUAAGGAGUAGAAUUUGCUCUGGUCAUGAGUCUGCAGAGUGGAUCACUGCUAAGGCGUCAGAUCCUGAUUAAGAGCUCCAGCCCCAGGCCCGCCCUAGACAGAGCAUUCUCUCUGGGACAGGAAGACGGUGCUACAUGAGCCCGUAGGCUUGGUCACUCUGGCCUCAUCUCCGAAGCAGACGUGUCCUGAAAUGAUCAUCUUCUUGUUCUUCUCCAACGUCACUCACCGUUGACUCUGACUCCUGGAGGCAGUCUGUCUGUCGUGGACCAUGAGGAACACAGUUCAUCUUGACCAUUCCAGUGUGGACCUUUCAGCCCCAGCGUCAUGGAACAUUAAGGUGCUCUUGGAAGCUACCCUGUGUGGUUCUGUUCUUGGAGGAUUGAGGUCUGUUACAACUGGGUUCCUGGAGUUACCUCAGUAGAAAACUUGAAUUAGAGAAAAGGGGAAAAGACAUUUUGUCCCAGGUGUGUGGUGUGUGACAUUGAAUCAUGUUAAUGGAUUACUAGGGCCCAAGGCAUAUCAUCUUUAGAAGAUUGUAGAAUAUGUCUUCAAGGCUGUGAAUUCUAUAUUAAUCAACAUAUUAAGGCCCUUCUGUAUAUGUAUUUGAAAAUAUGCAAACAGAGCUGGAGAGAUGGCUUAGCAGUUAAGGUGCUUGCCUGCGAAGCCUAAGGACCCGGGUUCAAUUCCUCAGGACCCACGUAAGCCAGAUGCACAAGGGGGUACAUGUGUCUGAAGUUU